CACUUGUUCCAAAAUUCCACAUUACAAGAAUCAUUCGAUUCUCUCCUAUCAUCAUCUUCUCCAUCAAAUUCACACCAAAACAUGGAAGCUCUAAUUCACCACUUCACUCUCCUCUCCGAUCAAGCUCUUGUCGACAAAACAUUCGACCCUUCAAGAAUCGAAGACCUUAUGCGUCUCUUCGAAGUCGAUUCCUACAAAGCUUGGGCAGCUCUCGAAUCCGAACAGCAACAAGAACUCGAAGAAGCUGAAGAUUCUCUCCGUGAAGCCGAACUCGAACUCGAUCGGGAUAUGGAGUGGGGAAUGGAGGAGUACCGGCGAACGUUGGAGGAGAUGGAGAGGAUGGAGGCGGCGGAGCUGAAAGAGCUUGAGGAUAAAGCGGAGACUGCUCGGAGAACGGGGAAUUUAAUGGAGAAAGCCGCCACAAUUGCCGCGAAACGGCAUAUUGCAGCGGCGAUGGGAUCAGCCGCUGCGUCUAUGAGAUCAGCUUGGAAGACUGCAGCUGGGAAUAAGGUUCAUCCAUCUUGAUCGAUGAUGAUGAUGAUGAUGAUGAAUAUGAUAAGAUGACGAUAUGAUAAUCAAAGUAUUGGUCCCAUGUUAUAGGAUUAUUAUUAGGUGGAGUGGAGAACAUUUUAAUAAAUAAUUGUUUCAUUU